CACCAGUUAGCAUGAUGACCCUAGGCGAGUGCCUUAGCUGUAAAAUGGCAACAGUUGUGCCUCCCGUGAUUCGAAGGUUAGAGACUAACGCCCCCAUUACAGUGGGUAAUGGCAAAUAGGUGCUGUCACAUGGCCCAACCCUCGUCAUGGGACCGAACGGCUAACGGAUGGGUCAGAAUCCGCGACCUGGGAUCACAGGGUAGGGAAUGAAUGCUGCGGGUUCUUCCCUCCAGGAGGUGGGGACAAGGUGGAGGGCGGGCCGCAGGAGGAGGAGCUCGCUCCUUGCGACCCGCCCACACCAGUCUGGCCUGGAGCUGAGGCAACGCGUCCCGGUCGCCUGCAUCCGAACAGCCUGCCUGCCUUGGUGCCCCGGUGCUCCGACCUCGUCCGGUCAUGUCCCUGCGCCCCUUGCUCUGGCUGCUCCGACUGCUGCUGCUGCUGCCGCUGCUCAGUGGGGCGGUGUGCCGGGCUGAGGCUGGGCCAGAAACCGAAAGUCCCGUCCGGACCCUCCAAGUGGAGACCCUGGGCAGCUUGGUAGAUGGACGCAUUAUUGACACCUCUCUGACCAGAGAUCCUCUGGUUAUAGAACUUGGCCAAAAGCAGGUGAUUCCAGGUCUGGAGCAGAGCCUUCUGGACAUGUGUGUGGGAGAGAAGCGAAGAGCAGUCAUUCCUUCUCACCUGGCCUAUGGAAAGCGAGGGUACCCGCCAUCUAUCCCAGCCGAUGCCGUGGUGCAGUAUGAUGUGGAGCUGAUUGCAUUGAUUCGAGCCAACUACUGGCAAAAGCUGCUGAAGGGCAUUUUGCCCCUGGUGGGCAUGGCUAUGGUGCCAGCACUCCUGGGCCUGAUUGGGUAUCACUUAUACAGAAAGGCCAGCAGACCCAAGGUCUCCAAAAAGAAGCUGAAAGAGGAGAAGCGGAACAAGAGUAAAAAGAAAUAAACAGUGAUCGUUAAGAAAACUUUGUAUUCUUCGCUUGAUA